GUAGUACUCGCAGCUGGAGAGUAGUGGUAAACCUAUCAGCCUGAUGCCGGCUUAGUGAAGUUUAAACGACUCGAUCCGCUAGCAGCCGUCAGUCGAUUAGCGAUCGCGGCGUGUACAUGACUUACUGGCUAUAUUAGCGAUACCGACAAUACCGUUUGGCGGGUGGUUAGCGAGUAAACAUAACAGUAACAGGUCGUAACGUUCGGUUUAAGGGGCGCGCGACAAGUUGUAUUACGGUUGGUUCGAGCAAGUGAGAAGUGGUGUGCCAAAAAAACUAACAAAACAAACGAUCUUCUAUUAUUUCCGUUGCAUGCGAAAAACCUGCAGUGAAAGUGAGGAAAAGAGGGCUGAAAAUAGUAGCAUAGCAGCAAAAGUGGCCGGUAAAAAGGUGGAAGAUUUAUGUGUUUGGUCCGGAACAGGAAGAAAUUGAUUGCAGUGCAGGUCCUGUGAACGUGCAGUUUGCAUUGCAGAUCUCGUGGGAGAGAGAUGGUCCUCAACGAUACGCAGCUGGCGCUAUGCACCGUUUUUACGCUGUAUUUGGGUGGUCUUCCGCUGAUGUACAGCCCGGCACCGAGGGGCGACUGCGAAAACUGCUGCCCAAUCCGGGAGCCCAAGGAUAUUCAGUUUUUCCUCUUCACCAGGCAAAAUCGUGACAAGGGAGAUGUGCUGUACGUUUCCGACAAGAAACAUCUGCGGAGGUCCCACCUGAACAGGACCAACCCGCUGGUGAUCUACAUGCACGGCUUUUCUGAGCGGGCACCGGGCGGGGAGGGCGAGAGCAGCCGACAGAUGAAGGAAGCUCUGCUCGACUCCGGCGACUUCAACGUGGUCCUGGUGGACUGGAGCCCGCUGACGGCGCUGCCCUGGUACGUCAACUCGGUCCAAAAUGGGCCCCGCGUGGGCCGGUUCAUCGCCCGUUUCAUCCGCUUCCUGGUGCUGUCCAAUUUUCCGCUGAAGCAGAUUCACCUGAUUGGAUUCAGCCUGGGGGCGGAAGUGGCCGGAUUCGCCGGAAAAACGCUCAACGAGUGGGGCAUGAAGCUGCCCCGGAUCACCGGUCUCGACCCGGCCUUCCCCCUGUACGUGUUCGAGCGGGCCUCCCAGCGUCUCAGCCCGAACGAUGCCGAGUUCGUGGACGUCAUCCACACCGACGGGGGCCUGCUCGGCUAUCCGUGGCCGCUGGGUCACGUGGACUUUUACCCCAACGGUGGCGUCCCGCUGCAGCCGGGUUGUGCCCAGCAAGAGCUGUCCAAGAAUCGCUGGCUGGGCGUCAUCAUCGGGUGUAGUCACGCCCGCGCAUGGCAGUACUUUGCCGAAUCGCUGGCCAGGCCGAGGGCCUUCCUGUGCGAUCGGUGCGAGAACAGUGACGACAGCGGCAGUGCUACCGCUUCCAGUAACUGUACCAUGACCAACGAGGUGUUCAUGGGGAUGUUCACCGAUCGAACGCUGCGGGGGAAGUACUACCUCAGUACGAAUCCGGAACCGCCGUUCGGGAAGAAUUUGCCAUUGAAUUAAGGAGUUUGAAGUUCCUUCGAAUGUUCCUCAAGCAAUUGCUCAGUGUUGCUUUUGAAACACUGGCCUUGAUGACAAAUGUAAAUAGAUAUUUUUAUGUGUGAUUUAAGUUUUAAAAUAGAAUUAAGUAGAAAUAUACACUUUUAAAUU